GUGCGUAAGCCCGCGGCGCCGCAGUUGGGCCCGGGGGCCGAGGCGGCUAUGGCUGCCACGUUCUUCGGGGAGGUGGUGAAGGGCCCGUGCCGAGCUGGCACGGAGGACGAGGAAGAGGAGGAGGACAAGAGGGAGACGCCUGAGGACAAGGAUGUCCGGCGGCAGCUGAUGCGAAAGAGGGAAGUACGGCUUCUUCGAAGACAAACAAAAACAUCUUUGGAAGUUUCCCUGCUAGAAAAGUAUCCUUGUUCCAAGUUUAUAAUUGCGAUAGGAAAUAACGCGGUAGCAUUUUUGUCUUCAUUUGUUAUGAACUCAGGCGUCUGGGAAGAAGUUGGUUGUGCUAAACUGUGGAAUGAAUGGUGUAGAACCACAGACGCGAUCAGUCUGUCCCCCACAGAGGCUUUUUGUGUGUUUUAUCAUCUAAAAUCGAAUCCUUCGGUUUUUCUUUGUCAGUGCAGUUGCUACGUUGCCGAAGAUCAGCAGUAUCAGUGGCUGGAAAAGGUUUUUGGCUCUUGUCCAAAAAAGAACAUGCAGAUAACUAUUCUCACGAGUCGACAUAUCACGGACUAUAAAACUUCAGAAUCUACCUGCAGCCUGCCGUCUCCUUUCCUGAGAGCCCUAAAAACACAGAGCUUCAAAGAUCCGGUGUGUUGUUCGCUGCUAGAACAGCCAAAUAUUGUACAUGAUCUUCCUGCAGCAGUUCUCAGUUAUUGUCAAGUAUGGCGAAUUCCUGCAAUUCUGUACUUGUGUUAUACUGAUGUCAUGAAACUAGACCCCAUUACAGUAGAAGCUUUUAAGCCUAUACUUUCUUCCAGAAGCUUGAAAGGUUUGGUUAAGAAUAUUCCCCAGAGCACAGAGAUGCUGAAGAAACUGAUGACAACAAAUGAGAUUCAGAGUAACAUUUACACAUGAUUCUAAAGAUCGUUUUUAUAAUGUGUAUUACCUGCCUUUCCCUUGAAGGGGAGCAGUGUGUACUAUUUUUUUGGUUAGUUUUUUUUUUUUUGGUGGGGGGAUAUUUUGA